CCUCAUCACAAAUCACUAAUUCUCAUACCAAUCACGAUCAUCAAUCGCACACCUAGAUCCGUGCUCUUUCAGUGGUAUCAGAGCCUGGCUGGUGUGCCGAUUCUCUGAAGAAAUACUGCAGUUUGAAGAUGUCGAACCCUGCGGACAAACAAUAACCGCUGCGCCAGCUCAAGGAGGUGGUGACACUCAAGGAUGUGACGACGAGCAAAUACGAUGCGCUGGCAGCAUCGUUGGAGAGCUUGACAGAGGUGACUGUGAGGGCAGCCGAGGCCUCUAAGGGCUCGAUCGGAGCAAUCGAAGCCAUGGGCGACCAAAUCAAGACUUCUAUCGAAGAGAUGGGCAAGAGUGUGGCUGAUAACAUCUGCGGAGCCCUUGCAGCGACGAUGCAGGAGGUGCUAACCCAAGUUCUGAAGAGCCGGGAGCAGUUGGUGAUCCCGGUCAUGGGGGCGGCGCCUACGACAGCGAUCGCGGCGAGGGUAGCGACGGCCGCGGCAGCCACGGUGGGCAGCGGCGCGAGGGCCGCUCGCCAGGAGGAGCAGUUGCGCGAAGGCGCGGGCACGGGCGCUGGUCGGACCGGGGCGGGGGCGCGCUGGGAGGAGGAAGCGGCCGAGGAGAACUCGCCGGCCGGCUGUGACGCGACGGGGGCGACGUGGGCCCUGGCCGCGGCGGGCGGAGCGCCGGGUAGCUCGACCGUGCAACGUAGCCGAGCCGGGGAGACGGGAACUGUGGGCGCGAGGAGCGCACCCGCGCCUGCAUUCAGUGGGCCUGGGUUGCUGUCGACACCGACGGAUCUGGCCCAAGACAAGGCCCGUGGAAAGCAGAAGAUGGCGGGGUACGAAGGAGAGCCGUGGUCGCUUGGGCCUGAUGGAGAAGAACCCUGGCCCGAGGAGGAGUUGAGUUUUGGUGAUCCGGAGGGUUGGAUGGACCCGAGCCCAGAGGAGGCGAGAUGGGGCUGGGUCACCGGCGCGAAGCCGGGCCGAAUCGGACCGGUUACGGGGUGGCCAGCUGGUCAAACAGACCCGAUUCGGGUCACCCACAGGCGGGCAGUAGCUGGAACGGGCCGACCAGGGGUCCCGGCAAGGGCCCGGAGUACGGGUACCCCCCGUGGAGUACACCGCGAGCAGGAGGGGGACGCGAUCGAGGUUGUCGGGACAUCGGGCAAGGAUCGGGGACCAAGCCUGAGUACACCGGAAACCACCAGGAGGUGACGGGUGACUGGCCCUACCCUCCCCAGCAGCGAGCCGCGGCCAGUCACUACCGUCAAUGACCGGUGAAUCAGCCACCACCACCGAACACAGGCAG